GUCCUCUCGCCGACGACAUUCUACGUGGCCGGCCGCUUCAUCCACUCCGCGGAUGCCGGAGCUCCGCCGCUGUACGAGCUCUCCCACUCGGUGGGCUUUCUCAAGGACGCGGACCGGAACGUGCGCGUCGAGAGACUCGAGUACUCAAUCAAGCGGCGCGACGGCGUGGCCCAGCUGGCGGCGCGCAAGAGGCACAUAUAUGACCUGAAGCAUCCCGUAGGGGUGACAGGCCCGACAUUUGCGUACCACGCCGAGCCUACGUCGCGGCAGAGCCUUUAUGCAUUUGGCCUGGAGAGCUUUCGGCCGAGGAGACUAUCUUCCGCCAAGGGUUAUCGCAUAUUGCGGGCCACGCAUUCACAGGAGCAUCGGCUAGUGCGUCGUGAUGUGCUCUUUUCGGCGCUCCCUGUCAAGGAUCACAGUGUUCGGUAUGAAUGGAGCGAUGCAGGCGGCCAGCUUGUGGCGCGAGAGGUGGACAUAGACGGCUUGAUGACGAUGGUCGUCAGCGCCACGAUGAGUGCUGGUCAGAGAGACGUGUUGAUAUCUGCGUGGAUGUCAAGGAUCUGGGCAGAGCUUGCGAAA